AUGGAUGAAUCUGCCUUGCUAGAUCUUCUGGAGUGUCCUGUGUGUCUCGAGCGGCUUGAUGCUUCUGCAAAAGUCUUGCCUUGCCAGCACACCUUUUGCAAGAGAUGCUUGCUGGGGAUUGUAGGUUCCCGAAAUGAACUCAGAUGCCCUGAGUGCAGGACUCUUGUUGGCUCUGGUGUUGAAGAACUUCCUAGUAACAUCUUGCUGGUCAGACUCCUGGAUGGCAUCAAACAGAGGCCUUGGAAACCUGGCCCUGGUGGGGGCAGUGGAACGAACUGCACAAAUGCAUUAAGGGCUCAGAGCAGCACUGUGGUCAGUUGUGGCUCAAAAGAUCUGCAGAACUCCCAAGGUGGACAGCAACCUCGAGUGCAAGCCUGGAGUCCCCCAGUGAGGGGCAUACCUCAGUUACCAUGUGCCAAAGCAUUAUACAACUACGAAGGAAAAGAACCUGGAGACCUUAAAUUCAGCAAAGGUGACAUCAUCAUUUUGCGACGACAAGUGGAUGAAAAUUGGUACCACGGAGAAGUCAACGGGAUCCAUGGCUUUUUCCCCACCAACUUUGUGCAGAUUAUUAAACCAUUACCUCAGCCACCACCUCAGUGCAAAGCACUUUAUGAUUUUGAAGUGAAAGACAAGGAAGCAGACAAGGAUUGCCUUCCUUUUUCAAAGGAUGAUGUUCUGACUGUGAUCCGCAGAGUGGAUGAAAACUGGGCGGAAGGAAUGCUGGCAGACAAAAUCGGAAUAUUUCCCAUUUCAUAUGUUGAGUUCAACUCGACAGCCAAGCAGCUGAUAGAAUGGGACAAGCCUCCUGUUCCAGGAGUAGAUGCUGGAGAAUGUCCCUCCAUGGCAGCCCAGAGCAGCAGUGCCACAAAGCACUCCGACACGAAGAAGAACACCAAAAAGCGGCACUCCUUCACCUCCCUCACCAUGGCCAACAAGUCCUCCCAGGCCUCCCAGAACCGCCACUCCAUGGAGAUCAGCCCUCCUGUCCUCAUCAGCUCCAGCAACCCCACCGCUGCUGCUCGGAUCAGUGAACUCUCUGGGCUUUCCUGCAGUGCUCCUUCUCAGGUUCACAUAAGUACCACUGGGUUAAUUGUGACCCCACCCCCGAGCAGCCCUGUGACCUCUGGCCCCACAUUUACUUUCCCUUCAGAUGUUCCCUACCAAGCUGCCCUUGGAACUAUGAACCCUCCUCUUCCCCCGCCCCCUCUCCUGGCUGCCACCAUUGCUUCCACACCACCAGGUGCAGCUGCAUCUGGAAUAGGACCGAGACCCACAGCAGGAGCGGCUGACCAGAUUGCACAUUUACGACCCCAGACUCGCCCCAGUGUGUAUGUUGCUAUAUACCCAUAUACUCCCCGAAAAGAGGAUGAGCUGGAGCUGAGAAAAGGGGAGAUGUUUUUAGUGUUUGAACGUUGCCAGGAUGGUUGGUUCAAAGGGACAUCAAUGCAUACUAGCAAGAUAGGGGUUUUCCCUGGCAAUUAUGUGGCACCAGUCACAAGGGCAGUGACGAAUGCUUCCCAAGCUAAAGCCCCCAUGUCUACUGCUGGCCAGACAAGUCGAGGGGCAACCAUGGUCAGUCCCUCCACUGCAGGAGUCCCUGCCCAGAAGCUUCAGGGAAAUGGUGUGGCCGGAAAUCCCAGUGCUGUCCCCACGGCCGUGGUGUCAGCAGCUCACAUCCAGACAAGUCCUCAGACCAAGGUCUUACUGCACAUGACUGGACAGAUGACUGUCAACCAGGCCCGCAAUGCUGUGAGGACAGUUGCAGCACACAACCAAGAACGCCCAACGGCAGCUGUGACACCCAUUCAAGUGCAGAACACCACCUGCCUGGGUCCCACAUCUGUGGGUCUACCCCACCAUCCCUUGGCCUCCCAGCAACCUCAGCCUCCAAUGGCGGGCCCUGCCACCCAUGUUGCUGCCAUCAAUAUCAGUCGAGCCAAUGUACCCCUGGCCUGUGCAGCAGCGACUUCACUGACCUCCCCAAAUAUCACCACUGCCUCUCUGGAGACCGAGCCCAGUGGUCGGACCAUCCUCCCUGGACUGCCAACAUCUCCUGACAGUGCUUCUUCAGCCUGUGGGAAUAGUUCAGCCAUCAAACCAGAUAAGGAUAGUAAGAAAGAGAAAAAGGGUCUGUUGAAGCUGCUUUCUGGCGCCUCCACCAAACGCAAGCCCCGCGUGUCCCCUCCAGCGUCACCCACCCUGGAAGUGGAGCUGGGUGCCUCAGGCGACUUGCCCCUGCAGGGAGCAAUGGGCCCUGAGUUACCACUAGGGGCUGGCCACCGAAUGGGCUCCUGUGACGGGGACAGCCCAGCCCCGCUGGCCCAGGACGCCCUACAUCGGAAGACAAGCUCCCUGGACUCCGCAGUGCCCAUUGCACCCCCUCCUCGUCAGCCGUGUUCUUCCCUGGGUCCUGUCCUCAAUGAAUCACGGCCUGUUGUUUGUGAGAGGCACAGGGUAGUGGUCUCAUAUCCUCCUCAGAGUGAGGCAGAACUUGAACUUAAAGAAGGAGAUAUUGUGUUUGUUCAUAAAAAACGAGAGGAUGGCUGGUUCAAGGGCACAUUACAACGUAACGGGAAAACUGGCCUUUUCCCAGGAAGCUUUGUGGAAAACAUCUGA